AUGCUGCGGGCGUGGCGGCGUGUGAAUCUACUCCACUGCUUGUCAUGUGACUUUUCGACUCGAAUGUUCAUGGGAUCUACAGAGGCCAUUUCUGCAGACACUCUGCUCAUUGACCUGGCUCGUCAUGCACCCAUUUUUCCUGUCAAGUCUUCAAAUAUCUCAGUACUUCACGAACCGUGUCAAUUCUACGACACUUUGAAGGCUGGUAUUUUGAAAUCUGAGAGAAGAAUUGUUAUGGCAGCUUUAUAUCUUGGAACUGAUCGUCUCGAGCGGGAAUUGGUUGACUGUUUUGAAUCAAGACUCAAGGAUUGUGGCGUUGACUGUCCACUACAUGUUCAUGUGCUGCUUGAUUGCAUCCGUGGAUCAAGAGGGACGGAUAACUCUCGUUUGAUGCUGGUGCCGUUAGUGAAGUCUCACAUGGAGAGAAUGAGAGUGUCUUUGUAUCACACGCCUGUGCUCAAUCAGUUAUUCAAAUACAUUAUACCAGAAAAAUUCAAUGAAACAGUGGGACUGCAACAUAUUAAAAUAUUCUUGUUUGAUGAUGAUCUUCUUGUCUCUGGUGCUAAUCUGAGUGAAUCCUAUUUUACAAACAGACAGGACCGAUAUAUUCUUAUCAGGGAGUGCCCAGAACUUGGUGACUUCUGUGAGCAGUUAGUCAAUGCAGUUGCGGCUCAUUCGUAUUCACUCCAACCAGAUAAUUCUCUGAAAGCAGGAGAGAUUGAUCCUCUCUCCAUGUGGACAAGAACUCAAUUUGCGGAGUCAUUCAGACUAAGUGUGCAGAAAUUAAUCAAACCAAAACCUAUAACGGACAUUAAGGCUGACAAGAGGCUCAAUACAGACACAUGGAUAUAUCCCUUUGUUCAGAUGGGGUCGUACAAUGUACGUCAAGAUCAGAGAAUGAUGUCAGAAUUACUUAGACACAGUCUUCCUGGAUGUCGUACACUUCUUGCUUCCGGAUAUUUCAAUUUGACUGAUGACUAUGUCAACCUAAUAAUGAGGUCACAAGGUCACUACAGAAUUUUGGCUGCGUCUCCAGAGGCAAAUGGUUUUCUUGGUGCAAACGGAGCAGCUGGUCACAUCCCUUAUGCAUACCUUCAUAUAGCUCGGUGGUUUCACAACCGACUGGUAUGUGAGCAACAGACAAGUCGGGUGUUACUAGAGGAGUAUACAAGAGACGGAUGGACAUUUCAUGGAAAAGGUAUGUGGUAUUACUUGCCGUACGACGAGCUUCCAGUUUUAACUAUGGUUGGAUCGUCAAACUAUGGCUACCGAUCAGUCGAAAGAGACUUAGAACUCCAAUUUGCUAUCAUAACAAACAAUCCCUUACUUCAGCAAGAGCUAAAGAAGGAGCAUGAGCAUUUAUUUGAUCAAGCCAGCAUUGUGACAGCAGACACAUUCAAGAGACCUGACCGGCAGAUUCAUUGGCUGCAGUCUCUGGUAACAAGAAUGAUCUGGACUUACUUGUAAUCUUUCUUCCUAAGUACAAUACAGUUAUUUUUGUGCUUUAGUGCAAGAGAUUUAUGGGUUUUUAUAAUCGGUAUUCCUACUUGCCGAGCUUAGCGAGGCUUAAAUUCUAAUCCGGGUCGCACAACAG